AUGUCACCUCCCACGGAUCUCUACGAUACUCUAACAUCCCUGCUCAACCCACUUGCGUUAUCAGGUAGACACCGAUCGACAUCCGAGAUAUCAGAUGGACUCAAGAGGAUACGGAGGAUAGUCCUGACAGAGGGCAUCCCAGAGGUGCCUGGCAAACCCUCUCUCCGACCUAAGAUAUGGAAACUGAUGUUAAAAGUUGAUAAUCUCAAUGCGGAAGAUCACUUGAGAUGGGUAUCGAUGGGACCUUCGUCAGAUAGUCAUAAAAUCAAAAACGAUACUUUCCGAACGUUAGCUACCGAUACGCAAUUCAAAGGGAAAGUGAAAGAAGAUAUGUUGAUUAGAUUAUUGGAAGCUUUCGUAUGGAAGAUAACAUCUUCUGAGAUGGAGGAUGAGGGACAACCAUUCAAAUAUGUACAAGGAAUGAACGUCCUCUCAGCUCCAUUCUUAUACGCCAUGCCCUCCCAACUCGAAGCUUUCGCCUGCUUCUCCACAUUCAUAGAGAACGGUUGUCCGUUGUACGUCCAACCUUCUCUGAAAGGUGUUCAUGAGGGUUUGAAGUUGUUAGACAAAUGUUUGGAAAUUGUCGAUCAGGAAUUGUAUGAUAAAUUGUCGAGUAAGAAUUUGAAAGCUGAGAUAUAUGCUUUCCCAUCCGUCAUGACUUUAUGUGCCUGUACACCACCACUGGAAGAAGUACUGAAGUUAUGGGACUUCCUACUGGCUUUUGGAUUACAUCUCAACGUUCUAUGUGUGAUAGCGCAAUUACUAUUGAUGAGACAGGAACUGAUGGAUUCACCUUCCCCAAUGAAGAUCCUCCGCACGUUCCCACCAUUAGACGCAAGACCCAUUAUAGGUAUAACAGUAGCGUUAGUCAAAGAUAUCCCAGAAGAUCUUUAUAGGGAAUUGGUCAAUCAUCCUUUUUCGUCUUAG